UGCAGAAGAAACACAAACGACCAUUCUCUUCUCCACCAGCGCCGCCGCCUUCUUUCCCCCAACCUCCCCCCCCCCCUCCUCCUCCUCCGCGACCCCAAGGACCACCAAGCCCUAGCUCUGUCACCCUUCGCUCUCCUCCAUGGCCAAUAGCAACCUCCCCCGACGCAUCAUCAAGGAGACGCAGCGGCUGCUCAGCGAGCCAGCUCCAGGAAUCAGUGCCUCACCAUCAGAGGAGAACAUGCGCUACUUCAAUGUCAUGAUUCUUGGCCCAUCGCAGUCACCAUAUGAGGGAGGAGUUUUCAAGCUUGAAUUAUUCUUGCCCGAAGAAUAUCCAAUGGCUCCACCAAAGGUUCGCUUUCUCACGAAGAUUUAUCACCCUAACAUUGACAAGCUUGGUAGGAUAUGCCUUGAUAUUUUAAAGGACAAGUGGAGUCCUGCCCUUCAGAUCCGAACAGUUCUUUUGAGCAUUCAAGCGCUCCUCAGUGCUCCAAACCCCGACGAUCCACUUGCUGACAAUGUGGCAAAGCACUGGAAGGCCAACGAAACGGAAGCUGUGGAAACAGCCAAAGAGUGGACGCUUGUAUAUGCAAGCGGAGAGUGAGCUUUUCUCGACACAAUGCUUCCUUGGUAAUAAUCUUCACGCACUGGAGAACUCGACCGACUAUUGGUUGGUUAACUUUGACACUGAAGGAGCGGAGGAGUGAACUGUCGAAAUUUAUCCUCUUAUGGUGUGUACUCGAGUCUGUACAUUACUCUAGUCGGGCUGUGAUGAACCCUCAUACAUGUAAAGUGUUUCUCGAGAUCUUUUGGUAGCCGGAUUUAUGUGAUUUUUUAUUAAUUUCAGGAAAAA